AUGGGCACAUUAACUAUACAUCACACGUUACUAUGGCAACGAAUUAGGAGAACGACAAGAAAGAAACAAGAUUCGUUAUUUGCCAUUAUGACACUGCUAGAUCAUGACGUAUUCAAACCAACUGCUGACGUCAACGUUUUAUACACCGUCCCAAUAAAAAGAAGGAAAAAGCGGAUUGUUAAGACACCCGCUAAAGAGGUGUCUGGAAACUGGUCGAAUUAUGACGAGAUUGGUGCAUUAAUUGAAGGCGUUUACGAAGCUAAAGAAAAUUCCUUUGUAGAUCAGGAUGAAAGGAAUUUAGUGAAUACAGAUGGUUAUAGUAAAGUUGAUUUUCGAUUGUCUCCACCUGAUUUUUUUCAAGACGACCCGUAUGAAAUUAUAGGUUGUAAGAUCAACUCUUGUUGUCCUGGAAAAAAAAGUCAUAAUAAAUCCCCUGAGAAUGGUGUUGAAAAUGUUAAAACUACGCCUAGAAAAAAUGUAAACACUCCUCCGGAAGGACAAAAUCCUUGCUCACAAGCAAUAGAAAAUACACAUAAUGUUUCAAUGUGUAAAUUAAAUAGUAGCAUACGUAUAAAACAACAACGCACCUCAUUGCAACGGGGGAAUAUUCAGGAUCAAGAAAACGUUAUUUUUACGAACGCUACCCACGAAUAUGUUACUAUUACACCCCCUCUUCUUAAACGCUCUUCGCCAGUGCUAUCAGAAAAUCGAAAUCUUAAAAAUAAAAACAGCAAUGAAAUAAAAGACAAAAGGAAAAGCUGUGAAAAAAUAGCGGGUGUCAAUGAUGAUUCAAAUAGAAAUGCCGAAACUGAUUUGGAACAAGAACACCACUACUUUCAAGUGGAGCCAGAAUACAAAAAUCAUGAAUAUGAGGAACUUGCUUCACUUGCGUCAGCAGAGAAAUUUGAAAUUUGGCGAAAACACUAGUAACAAUGAAACAGUCGAUGUUGAAGUUUUGCUUAACAAAAUGACAAAAAAACAGAUAACAGGAAGUGGAUAUAUUAUUGGUUGAUUAAUUCUCAGAUGAUUUUGUUAAAGUUUAAUUAUGACUUAUCCCUCAUGGGAGUUUUAAUCAUUAAAUACUUUUUUACUUGUGUAUAGUGUAUGUCGGUAUAUAUUGAUAUGUGAUGUGAAUACCUUUUAUUUAGCAGUUUUACUGUUAAUAUACUUUUAUUUAUAACCUGAUGAUGAAGUAAUACUUCGAAAUAU